GCCUGCUUCAUCUUCUCAAUUCACGGCUACACUAGUCUCGUCAUUUGCUGUUUCGGGGUGCCUACCAAUAUCGUGAACAUUGUAAUCUUGACGAGGAAGAAUCUUCGCUCCCCCAUCAACUGUAUCCUGGCAGGCAUAGCUAUAGCGGACGUGCUUACCAUGCUCUGUUAUAUGCCGUACUGCAUCCAUUUCUACAUCAUCCACGGUCUAGAACGUACCAAGGACAAGUACACAUAUGGAUGGGUGUGGUACAUGGCCAUUCACUCGGGUCUCAGCAUCACCACCCAUACGAUAUCAAUCUGGCUCGGCGUCUGUAUGGCCAUUAUACGGUACAUCUACAUCCGGUCUAUGGGGAACAAUAAGUCUGUUAUGAAGGUUCAGAACUCAGUCAUCCUUGUGAUCAUUGUGUACGUAUGUACGGUUCUCUGUUACCUACCCGUUUAUAUCGUUACCAAGGUGGGCAACAGAAAUGGCGAGAUUUACCUGAAAGGUCUAAAUAACAUGGGUGCUGGUGACGCGACAUGGCUACAGAAGACAGCAGGAGGAGUAUUUAUUCUGAUAGGAAAGGUAUUUCCCUGUGUUUUGAUAUGUAUUUUUGGUGGUCUGUUGUUACGCGGUUUGCACGAGAGUAAGAAAAGAACGCUCACACUAAAGGGUGCGCAGUGCGCGAACCGUCUCAAACAACACAAGCGGACGACGAUCAUGUUACUGGCAAUCAUUGUUAUGUACAUUGUCACACAAAUGCCUUCCUCCAUCUUGGUUGUGCUGUGUCUGUGUUUUGAAAAUUUUAUGGAUAACACGUAUCAGAUGUUUGCAGAGACGUUAGAUCUGAUGUCGUUGAUCAACAGUUCGGCAAACUUUUGUAUGUAUUGCGCUAUGAGUCGACAGUUUCGGGACUGUUUGAUGGAGAUGGCAUGUGACAAUAUUCAGAGUAAAUCCUCAAAGAUGUAUCACGCGGUCCGCUCCCAAUCUCAGACAACAGCCAUGACUACAAAUAUGCACGGGAACCAUCAUAUUAAACAAUCACCACAACAUUUACUUGUUCGCUGA